AUGUCCAUUGCCAGUGUUCAUCCAGAUUUAAGAAAAUUUGGAAGCUUGUUAUCUCAGCGAAAUUCGUCGGUAUUAGAUGGAACUUGUUUGAUUUGUUUGGAAAACUUCGUUCAUCAAUCCCCGUACGACGAAGGAGGCUCUAAAGCGGCGGUUUUGCGGUUGGAAUGCGACCAUUUAAUUCAUCACAACUGCGCCCUCAUGUUAUUGGGUAGAAAUGAUUUCUUGCAAUGUCCGACGUGUAACAACGUGACUGGAAUAAGAACUGGGAAUCAGCCAAUUGGAGCCAGAAUGCAGAUUCUUCUGCGAAAAGAAUCUAUUUAUGGAUUCUCCUGUCCCACGAUUUACAUCUACUACAGCUUUCCGAAUUCAACGUUCGUGCAGGAUGACACGCAUCCGGAGCCAGGUCAUCAGUUUUCGGCGGAUAAUUUCCCACGGGUUGCAUAUUUGCCGUACAACCAUGAAGGAAAAGAGAUCUGCAACCUGUUCCGGAUAGCGUUCGAAAGGAGGUUGAUUUUCACUGUCGGAACGUCAGCCACGACUGGAAGGAAAUCGGUCGUCACAUGGACAGGAAUCCAUCAUAAGACCAGCAUGUAUCCUGGACCUUUUGGAUAUCCAGACCCCGCCUAUUUCGACAAUGUGAAAGGAGAGCUGGCAGCCGUGGGGGUGACACCUGCCGACAUUUGCACGAAGGAAGUGUCGUGUGUUGAUUGUGGAAGAACAAAAGAGAAAAAAAAUACGAUGCCUAAGAAACUUCCGAACCCGUUUCUGAAGAAGACGGAGAAGCCGUCUGCCCCGGAGUAUUCCUCGGGAGGCGUGGGUGUGCCUAAACUCGCCAAGGAAACGACGAUCCCGGCUGUGUCCGAUGCCUACGGGUACGGAGCCGGGAUGCGGCAUCCCGCACCCCACAUGGCCUACAACCAGCCGUACAACAACGCCUAUGCCCAGGCUUAUUAUCAGAACUACUACAGAAUGCCAGCACCUGGUGCUGCAGGUGCUGGGGCUGCUGCAGUGGGAGGACGUGGUAGUGGUGGGCAUUAUCAGCAACACGGGAGGACCAUGUGGAAAAGAAUUCCGAAAAAAAGAGAGAAGAAACCGAAUAUUGCUCAAGUUUUCUUUUUCGAAAUUGAGAAUACACUGGAGCCCCGAGACGCGGACGUGAUGACGAAGCGAGAAAAGCGACGUGCCAAGCGUGAGAUGUCCAAAGCAGCCGUCAACAGUUUGCCGCAAAACCUGAUCCGAAACACGUUGCGGAAAGAACACGCGUAUUCCAGUGACGAAGAAAGCGACGAUUCGUCUGCGUCCUCGUCGUACUCGUCGUCGUCCGUCUCCGACGACGACGAAGCCGCCUCGUCCACGUCCGAAGAGGAGAAGGCGGCGCGGAAAACCGCCACUGUGGAGAUGCUGAGUGCCAAGAAGAAGCAGCAGAAUGCCGUCGGCCCGGCGCCUGUCGUCAACAAGUCGACCAGGAGUAAAAGCAGCAGUAGUUCAUCGUCGUCAUCGUCCUCCGACUCGGAUGACGAGUCGUCGUCGAGUGACUCUGACGACGAGUCCCGCCGCCCUUUCUUCUCGGGCAUCAAGCGCGGGAAGCGGAAGUUGAACGCCGCCGCGCGGGAGCGAGAAAUGAAGCGGUCCCGAACCGGGGAAGAGGAAGACGAAGACCUGUGCAGUGCCAAGGAGCUGAGUGCCUUGUUCAAUACUCCUUUCCACGCGGCCAGGUCCACGAAUGUCGGCGGUGCCAAGGAAGACCUCUACGUUUUACACGCGGAUGCCAAUAGUGACGACCCGGAUGCGUUGAUUGCUGCGGGCAUUUCGAAUCACUGCGUCAACAUUUACCACGCGGAAAGACUCGCCUUGAUUGCCAAGUUGAAGGGACACCAGGAUUCGAUUGCCGGUGUGAAGUUUGCGAACACGAAACCGCAAGUUUUGUUCACUGGUGGCCGAGAAGGAGCAGUUCGGUUAUGGGACUUGCGCACGAAGCCCUACUCUUGUGUUCACACUUAUUUCGCGUCGGAAAUGAAGAGAAAUCCGAGCAGGUUCAAGCACGCGACAACGUUCGACGUGGAUUGCCAGGACAGAAUUGUGUGCUUGGGCACGGAGCAGUUGAUGGGCGACACCUACCUUCUCUUCUGGGACAUACGGGCGUGCAAAUUACUCGGCGGGUAUUGGUACUCGCACGGAGACGACAUCACACAUGUGCAAUUCCACCCGAACGAAGGAGACACGCUAGCAACGACAUCUGUGGACGGUCUCAUCAACAUUUUCGACCUGGAGCGCAGCGCGGAAGAAGAGGCGCUCACUUACGUGCUCAACACUGGAUGCUCUGUGCGGCGCCUGCGUUGGUUUGGCGGCGACUCGGCCUGGUCCACACUGGCCGCCCUCACGCACAACGAAGACGUGGAGUUGUGGGAGCGGUCGGGAGUGGCGCCGUUUGCCCGCUUCUCGCGCGACGACAUCUGCUCGGCCAUGCAACGCCUGUCGGUGGAUCACACGUAUGUGGCGGACGUGCACAAGGCCUACGACGCCGCUGAACUCAUUGUCGUCGCCGGAUCGAAAUCUGCCAAAACGUGCGUAAAGGACGGGGAACUGAGGCCGUAUGCCGUGUUGCCGCACAACAAGGGCGAGUGCCAGAUCAUCCGUUGUACACACUACUUCGCUCAGAGUGAAAUAUUGUUGACUGGCGGCGAAAAGGGCGCCGUGACGUUGUGGGCGCCUGGUGAGUCACGACAAACUGUGACUCUGGACGACGACGACGAGGACGACGACGAGAGGGCCAUUGAGAAACAUCUCUCUCUCAUCUCUCUAAUUCUUAAUGGUAUCAUUCCUAUCUUGGCAGCCAACUUGACAGGGGGCAGAAUGAUUGUCUGA